AGCGCGGUCAGUACAAUCAUGUUUAACUGGAUUAGAUAGAUUCCCCUCCAACACCAGAAAGGCGAGGAAACUCGUUUUUGAAAACCACCUUUUCCAGCCUGUUCCGAAUCCCGGUUAUCACUGCUGGUCAGAAGUGAAAAGACAGCAGACAGGAAAGGGUCUGAGAUGUGGAUAAAUAGAAGAGACCCCACUCUGGAGAAACCAAAAGCAAAUGAAAAGGAAUAUUGUCAGAAUGGUGUGGAGCAGUGCUGAGGGGUGCUUUGCCUUGCUUCUGCUUCUCAUGUUCACAAGAGUACAAGAGGGUCAGGCCAUAACAACUGGUAACACCGUAGACAUCUGUACCACUUGUCAUGCCAAUGCUACGUGUGACAAGAAGACAGAUGGCAGUGGUGGGAUGGUCUGCAACUGCAAGUAUGGGUUUCUAGGAAAUGGGAGGACACAGUGCCAUGACAAAGAUGAGUGCCAGAUUGGUGCCACCGACAUCUGUGGUGAACACACAGCCUGCUAUAACACAUAUGGGAGCUUCUACUGCACCUGUCUGGAUGGGUACAGCCCCUCCAACAGAAUGGCCUCGUUCAUUCCAAAUGACGGAACCUACUGCGAUGAUAUUGAUGAAUGUCAGGUCAGUGGUAUAUGUAGAGAAGGAGGGCUGUGCAAAAAUCUCCCCGGAGCUUUUAACUGUACCUGCGCUGAAGGAUACACAGUAACAAAUGCAAGUGAACCAUUCAAUCCUGUCAAGGAUGCAGCUUUUUGCAAAGCUGUGGAUUGUGGUCCCCCUCCUAUCAUUCCGCAUGCUUACCUGCUUUCAGAAACUGGAACAAGCUAUGGGAAUGUGGUUAAAUACAGUUGCUUCCAAGGGUAUGUCUUGAAAAGUGGAAAUGACACAACCGUAUGUAACGCAGGGGGAGAAUGGGAAGAGCCCAGUUUGGUGUGUGAAGAUAUUGAUGAAUGUCAAGUCAGAGGUAUAUGUGGAGAAGGAGGGCUGUGCAAAAAUCUACCUGGAGAUUUUAACUGUACCUGCGCUGAAGGAUACACAGUAACAAAUGCAAGUGAACCAUUCAAUCCUGUCAAGGAUGCAGCUUUUUGCAAAGCCAUAACAACUGGUAACACCGUAGAAAUCUGUACCACUUGUCAUGUCAAUGCUACGUGUGACAAGAAGACAGAUGGCAGUGGUGGGAUGGUCUGCAACUGCAAGUAUGGGUUUCUAGGAAAUGGGAGGACACAGUGCCAUGACAAAGACGAGUGCCAGAUUGGUGCCACCGACAUCUGUGGUGAACACACAGCCUGCUAUAACACAUAUGGGAGCUUCUACUGCACCUGUCUGGAUGGGUACAGCCCCUCCAACAGAAUGGCCUCGUUCAUUCCAAAUGACGGAACCUACUGCGAUGAUAUUGAUGAAUGUCAGGUCAGUGGUAUAUGUAGAGAAGGAGGGCUGUGCAAAAAUCUCCCUGGAGCUUUUAACUGUACCUGCGCUGAAGGAUACACAGUAACAAAUGCAAGUGAACCAUUCAAUCCUGUCAAGGAUGCAGCUUUUUGCAAAGCUGUGGAUUGUGGUCCCCCUCCUAUCAUUCCGCAUGCUUACCUGCUUUCAGAAACUGGAACAAGCUAUGGGAAUGUAGUUAAAUACAGUUGCUUCCAAGGGUAUGUCUUGAAAAGUGGAAAUGACACAACCGUAUGUAACGCAGGGGGAGAAUGGGAAGAGCCCAGUUUGGUGUGUGAAGAUAUUGAUGAAUGUCAAGUCAGAGGUAUAUGUGGAGAAGGAGGGCUGUGCAAAAAUCUACCUGGAGAUUUUAACUGUACCUGCGCUGAAGGAUACACAGUAACAAAUGCAAGUGAACCAUUCAAUCCUGUCAAGGAUGCAGCUUUUUGCAAAGAGAUUGACUGCGGUCAGCCCCCCAUGCUGCCACACUCCGCUAUGCUGUGGAACAGCAGUGCAGGACUGGGCAGCGUGGUGUAUUAUAACUGUAAAGAAGGAUUUUACAGAGCUGGAGGAAGGAAUUUCUCGGUUUGCACUAAAAGCGGUUAUUGGGAAAAUGCCUCUUUACUAUGUAAAGAGAUUGACUGCGGUCAGCCCCCCAUGCUGCCACACACCGCUAUGCUGUGGAACAGCAGUGCAGGACUGGGCAGCGUGGUGUAUUAUAACUGUAAAGAAGGAUUUUACAGAGCUGGAGGAAGGAAUUUCUCGGUUUGCACUAAAAGCGGUUAUUGGGAAAAUGCCUCUUUACUUUGUAAAGAGAUUGACUGCGGUCAGCCCCCCAUGCUGCCACACACCGCUAUGCUGUGGAACAGCAGUGCAGGACUGGGCAGCGUGGUGUAUUAUAACUGUAAAGAAGGAUUUUACAGAGCUGGAGGAAGGAAUUAUUCGGUUUGCACUAUAAACGGUUACUGGGAAAAUGCCUCUUUACUUUGUAAAGAGAUUGACUGCGGUCAGCCCCCCAUGCUGCCACACACCGCUAUGCUGUGGAACAGCAGUGCAGGACUGGGCAGCGUGGUGCAUUAUAACUGUAAAGAAGGAUUUUACAGAGCUGGAGGAAGGAAUUUCUCGGUUUGCACUAAAAGCGGUUAUUGGGAAAAUGCCUCUUUACUUUGUAAAGAGAUUGACUGCGGUCAGCCCCCCAUGCUGCCACACACCGCUAUGCUGUGGAACAGCAGUGCAGGACUGGGCAGCAUGGUGCAUUAUAAGUGUAAAGAAGGAUUUUACAGAGCUGGAGGAAGGAAUUAUUCGGUUUGCACUAUAAACGGUUACUGGGAAGAUGCCUCUUUACUUUGUAAAGAGAUUGACUGCGGUCAGCCCCCCAUGCUGCCACACACCGCUAUGCUGUGGAACAGCAGUGCAGGACUGGGCAGCGUGGUGCAUUAUAACUGUAAAGAAGGAUUUUACAGAGCUGGAGGAAGGAAUUAUUCGGUUUGCACUAUAAACGGUUACUGGGAAAAUGCCUCUUUACUAUGUAAAGAAAUCAACUGUGGUGCGCCAGCGCUCGUACCUCAUACUGACAUUCUGUGGGACAAAACAGCACAUCUUGGGAGUGUGGUUUAUUUCAAAUGUAAAGAAGGAUUUUUUGUAGAGAGAGGAAAAAAUCGCUCUGUUUGUACAGCCAACGGAUUCUGGGAGACUGUUACUCUAACUUGUAAAGAAAUCAACUGUGGAAUACCACCGCCUGUACAAUAUACUGAUAUGCUCUGGGACAACACCUCACAGCUGGGGAGUGUGGUUUACUAUAAAUGCAAGGAAGGAUUUUACACAGAGGAAGGAAAAAACUACUCUGUUUGUACAGCAAACAGGCGAUGGGAAAAUAUUACUCUAAAAUGCAAAGAACUGGACUGUGGUUCUCCACCAGUACUAGCCUACACAGAGAUGCUGCAGCCCAACACAACAAGCCCAGGGAGUGUGGUUUAUUACCAGUGUAUAGACGGCUUCACCAGCAAGGGAGGAAGAAAUGUUUCUGUCUGUACAAAGAGAGGAGAAUGGGAUGCUGCUACAUUAAUAUGCAAAGAAAUCCCUGCCAUCAGCGAACUUAGUUUUAAAGAAGGAUGUUUAAAAUGGAGAGCACACAGAGAUGACAGACUAAAGGAAACAUACAAUUUUAAAUUGGAUGGGCUCAGGGGCUAUCAGAAGGACUUCCUGGAUAAAAGGAUAAUCAACUUUACCUCAGGAGACGACACUCCAGAAAUCUGCUUGAACCUGCAGCCGGGGACAAACUAUACCAUCAACAUUACUGCACUGUCAGUAGGGUAUUCGAUACGGGCCAUCAUCACUACAAGCAUUACGGAUCCUCCGGUACCACAAGUUGCAUUCAUAGUUGCAGAAGGCCCAUUGCCUCCUCUAAGACUCCUAAGAGCAGCAGAAACUAAUGGCCCGAUAAGUCUUUAUCAGGUGGUUGUCUUACCAAUGGAUGGGCCCCUUGUGUUCAACUGCAGCUCUCUCAAUAUGCCAAACUUCUACAGUAAGAAGGGGGGAGGGGGAGCAUAUGUGACGGCAGAGCUCUAUGCAGAGGAUAUAGCAGACGAGCUGGUCUUCAAUGUCGGAGACCGCCAAUACUACGGGGACUACUACAAUGCUCCUUUAGAGGAGGGGAGGGGCUACAAUGUCAUAUUGAGAGUGGUUAGCGAAUGGUGCCAGCAGGUGAGGAAACAGUCCUGUGUCAAUUGGGCUCAGACAAAAGGGUUAUCACACACCAUACAGCAUGUGACUAUUUUGGCUGGAGGAUCAGUGGGAGUGAUAGGAUUUAUUUUAUUCCUGUGUUUUUCCAUUGUUUGGUGCUGCAAGAAGAGACAAGACACGUGAUCAAAUGGCUGACAACAUCCUACAGUACCACUUCUCACUGUGAUUACAACUCUUUCAUAUUGAUGAACAAACUGUUCCCAGAUUCAGACAUGUAGACCAUGGAAAUGCUUCAAGUAUUCAAUUCAAAGAAGUUGAUUUGCAGCUGCUCUGAUUAAAGCCAAUUUAGUGCUUAGCUUGUUUUUAGGAGUGCUUUAAUGGUCAACUUAGGGGUUGUGGGUGUAAUCCAAUCAACGUUUUAAUUGGAUUUAGAUAUUUAUAGAAAAUGCCUCUAUUUGCUUAUAUCGUGGUUUGAUGAAAAUCACCACCACUACCAACAACUAAUGCCAGACAGUUUUCUAGCACACAAUGAUUCCAGGGGAGUUCUAAAGAGGAGUCUUAAAGUGUGCUGUAUUAGUUGGCUCUGAAUCUCUAAGGCCAUUUUUUAUAUUGAAUUUGAUACCUAGAUAACAAUCACCUAUUGGGAAAUGUGUAGGGGUACCUCAUAUUUUACAUCAAAUCCAAUUUGGGGUGCCUGGCAGCCAUCUUGUGAAUUUUCCCAUUACCAUGAUUGCCCCUUAGUCAAUGGAUUCCCCCUUAGUCAAUUAUUACCCUUUGUACCGUGUAACAGUUUGUUGAGUCGAGUUUGGAACGAAUCCGCUCAGAAAUGUAUAUCCAGUGACCCUUUUUUACAUAAAUAAAUAAAUAAAUAAAUAUAAUAAAA